AUGAAUUUCCAGAGCACUGCACUUGAGUUGGACAAGGGGUCGCGGCCUGGGCCAGAGAGAACCGAAGGUGAAGACCACAGCACAGCUCUGCUUGAAAACCAACUCGGUGUGGGUGACUUUGUCAAAAUACAGAGGGCUUUUGAGGCCCCAGAGGCAAGUCAAACCAUUUGUAUGUCCAGAGAAGAGUUUAUGCAGAGCAUGACAGAGAUUGUUGGUUGGGGCACAAAGGAGGAAUAUGGGAGACUCUUUGACAAAGUGGAUAUUGCCCAAGAUGGCUUCAUUGACUGGGACAGGUUGACUUCAUUUCUGCUGUUAACACUCUACGAGAAUGAGGAGCGAGCAAAGGCGACUGUGGUUCCCCAGUGGAAGGACCUUGAAUUUCUCCCAGGAAAACACAAGGACACCAUUCAAAAAGUGAUUUUCUUAAAAAGCUCAAGUUGUUAUUUAACCAUCAGCAAAGAAGGCUUAUUAGGAGUCUGGGGAGAGAAUUUAAAGCUGCAAGAAACACUUCCCAUCACUCCAGAUGCCGCUAAGCUCAAACACCUGUGGGUGACUAGUCUGGUUCCUCUGGAAAAUGUAAACAAGAUAGCGGUGGCUUUUACAAGUAAAGAGAUUGGUUUCUAUGAUCUGCCGUCCAAAGAAGGAUUUCCUUGUCAAUAUAAACUCCAAGGCCUAAAAGGAGCACCGCUUUGCAUGGAUUAUUGGUAUGACCCUCUUGAUACCAAUGAAUCAAUUCUGUCUUUUGGGGACAUAACUGGAAAGGUUCAAGCAAUUGUUUUCACGAUGGCCACGAUUUCUCUGUUUGAGCGUCCAGCUAGUGCAUGCGAAGAUGAAGAAGCCACCGUAACCAUUAACUGGCCGGAAGUGCUCUCUGGACGUCACAAAUGUUGUUAUACAUUAAAGCACAAACUUCAUCAUGGAGAGUGGGUCAGGCAAGUUACCUACAAUGCAUCUUUAGAUGCUAUUAUUUCCAGCACAACCAACAAUACGAACACUGUGGUGUUGGCCUGGAGAGAGAAAUCCAACAAGCAUCUUCAAAUGACGUCCUUCAACAUCGCCCAGGGCGUUCAUGCUUUUGAUUAUCACUCUCGGCUCAAUUUAAUUGCGACUGCUGGUAUUAACAACAAAGUUUGUCUUUGGAACCCCUAUGUCGCCUCUAAGCCGGUUGGCGUCCUCUGGGGUCACUCAGCCAGUGUGAUAGCCGUCCAAUUUUUUGCUUCAAGAAAACAACUUUUCAGCUUCUCCCAAGAUAAAGUCUUGAGACUCUGGGAUAUCCAGCACCAACUCUCCAUCCAGAGGAUAGCAUGUUCUUUCCCCAAAAGUCAGGACUUCAGAUGCCUCUUCCACUUCGAUGAAGCCCACGGUCGCCUUUUCAUCUCCUUUAAUCACCAGCUGGCACUGCUGGCAAUGGAACGGGAAGCCAGCAAGAGGGUGAAGAGCCAUAAGAACGCAGUCACUUGUGUCCUUUACAAUUCAGUCUUGAAGCAGGUAAUCAGCUCUGAUGUGGGGUCAACUGUGUCCUUCUGGAUGAUAGACACUGGACAAAAAGUCAAACAAUUUACUGGUUGCCAUGGAAAUGCAGAAAUCAGCACUAUGGCCCUUGAUGCAAAUGAGACGCGGCUUUUGACUGGCAGCACAGAUGGAACUAUUAAGGUGUGGGACUUCAAUGGAUAUUGUCACCGCACACUAAAUGUUGGGCAAGAGGGAGCUGUGGAUAUUUCACAGAUCCUGGUUCUUAAGAAGACAAUACUGGUUAUAGGCUGGGACAGGUAUGAUGGGCUUCUUGCAAAAUUAAUGGGAAGGGCUAUUACUGUGUUUCGACCUCAGAACUUCAAUCAAUCUUCCAUCCAGCCUGAAGAAUGGAAAGGAGGAACGCAGCAUCAAGAUGAUAUCUUGUGUGCUGCAUUUUCACCUCCACAAACUCUUGUUACAGGGAGUUAUGAUGGAGAAAUUAUUCUGUGGAACAGUCAAACAGAAAAUGCUCACUAUGUCCUUCACCCAGAUUAUCAGAGGCUGCUAAAAACAAGAUCAGAUAUAAAUCCUCAAAAGCUCCUCGAUGUGGGGAGCGGCUGCCCCAGCCACCCCACAGUAGAGCAGGCGGCCCUGGGAGCUGGCUCCUUUGAGACAGGCACUGCGGGCAAUAAUGCUGUUAUGAGGCUUUGCUUCCUUGAGGCAAGAAAAGAUAUUGCAGCCACAGGAGGUGCUAACUUGGUGUCAUGUGGAGGAUCCGGGUAUGUCAGAUUCUGGAAUACAUUUAAGAAGCAACUUCUGGCUGAAUUUUUGGCUCAUAGUGGAGUUGGAUCUAUUAUUAUGGCUACUGAUAAACUGAAUCGAUACCUCACCACAGGAGAUCUUGAUGGAUGGUUGAACAUCUGGAAUAUAGAGGAAUACUGUCUUAAUUCUAGUGAGAACAAAGUCACGCAGACACCAACUCUGAUAAGAUCGUUCCAACCUCAUGAAGACCAGAUAAGCUCCUUAGAGAUGUGUGAGCCGGGCGGCGGUGCACUGAUUAUCUCGUCCUCGGCAGACUGCAGCAUUUGUGUGACCGAUGUCCGCGGCGCUGCUGUCUGGAUCUUCGGUCAGGCAAAGCAUUGGCAAAUUGAAAACUGUUUUUCUCUUCCUAAGAAAGAUAAUAAUUUAACAAAAAAUAAGAUUCAAGAAGAAAGCAUAAGGGAAGUCCCUUCACUUUCUAAGGAGGAAUCAUGUUUAGACCCGACAGAACCUUCUGUGUUUGAUAAGAAAAACAAAGAUGAGUCAACAUACAGUGUCAGACCACCAGAAGUCAUAAAUUUAGGUAUAAAAUAUAAGAGAAGAACCAUAUAUAAGCAAAAAGCACGCAACAUUUACGACAGUGAAGUUAUAAAAAAACCAUCCGGCAUAUUUAGGUCCUUAAGCAUCGGAGCCCUGAAAGAGCCGCCUGAAGUGAAUAAACCGGCUUUUCUUCUAGACCCCGAGAAAUACUUUAGGGGAGAGCCAGAGGACCCAUCACCUUCUGAGAUUGAAAAGCCAUCUGGGUUUAAGUCUUGGAAAGCUGUAUUUGUUGAGAAAAACCUGUUUCCCAAAGACUUUCUGGAUCGUGAAAGAAGAGCCAAGCAAUUAUGUCAAGAAAUAAGUAGUAAAGUGAAGAUAAAAAGAAAUAAG